AUGCGCACUCUGACCCCGGCGAGCGCGGUAACGGACUUUAUUUGAAUUUUGAAUUUCGAGUGUGAGUGACGUAGUGUCGUGUAUUUUUUUUUAUUGUGCAAGGGCCCCAUGAAGCGGCUGUCAUGCGCAUAGCGGCACUGAUUGCACUCGUGCAGCUGUCGCUCGCUACAGCUGUUUCAGAUGAACCACAAACGCUCACAGCGGUUGAGCUGAACCGUGAGCUCUCCGGCGACAAUGCGCUCUCACCUUUCUACGAAAGCAGUGAAGAUGCUGGGGUCGUAUUCAUCAGAGGGUCAAGGGCCGCCGACUCGCCCCUCUCCCCCGACAUAGACGUGCAAUGCGCAGGCGAUUUUAUCGACGUCACUGUCGAGUUCGCAGAUAUUUACGAUGGUAUCAUUUACAGUAAGGGCUUCCUGAAUGACCCGAAGUGCAAGUACGUAUCAUUAGGCGGCAGUCAAUCGCGGUACUCAUUCCGAGUGCCCCUGAAUGGCUGCGGCUCUCGUCCCCUCUGUAAUGCUUGCGGUACCAUCGACAACGUGCUCGUCUUCCAAGCUGAUGACUUGCUGCAAGGACCACAGGAUUUCGCUCGCAAGGUGUCAUGUGCGCGCACUUCUCUAGAAGUGUCAACGGGCGUGGUCGCAUCGAAAGAACAGCACACACUUAAACUGAAGCCCUUCAUGGUUGACAUGCUGGAUGUGGUAGCUGUGGAAGGACCUGCCGGAGGAAUUGAAUGCUGGAUGGACAUUCAGAAAGGAGUUUUUCCCAACACUACUCCAUUGAAAGACUCGAUCAAGAUUGGUGAAUACUUGACAAUCCUCGUGUACCUGAAGGAUGUAAGGAAACAGUUCAGUCUCAAGAUCCACGACUGCUGGGCUUAUGACAGCGAAAACUACGACGGUGUUAAGACCAGCAAGAUUCAACUGACGGACAAAGAAGGCUGUCCUAAGAAGAAGAAGCUUAUCGACUUGUUCCAAAAGACCACAAACACUGGUAAAAGUGGAGCAACUCUGAUAGCUUACAGCAAAGUGAGCGCCUUCCGAUUCCCAGAGACCGACCAAGUCUACCUGACAUGCAACGUCGAGUUAUGUACGAACAACUGUGACUCCAGCUGCGGUGGUGUGAUCAAAGAAGUGUCAACGACAAUACGACCAUCACAAUGUUACCCGGGUUCCCGAGACCCUGGUUGCCAACGCGUCACCAUUGAACCACAGAUCAAGUGCUACCCUGGUUCACUCGACCCUCGGUGUCCACAACAGCCUACACCGACUACACCAAACUGCUAUCCAGGAAAUCCAGAUCCGCGCUGCCCACAAAUAACAACAGUAACACCUGUCUGUUACCCAGGCUCACCAGACCGAAGAUGUCCACAACCAACACAACCAACUACACAGAACCCACCUACAUAUUUACCGCCAACAUCACCUGCGCCAAAAUGUUUCCCUGGUUCAAAUGACCCUAGAUGCCCUAGACCAACGACUCCAGAGCCACCUCGUUGCUUCCCUGGAUCUACUGACCCUAGGUGCCCUAAACCAACGACCCCAGAGCCACCUCGUUGCUUCCCGGGUUCCAGUGACCCUAGAUGCCCCAAACCCACGACCCCCGAGCCACCUCGUUGCUACCCUGGAUCUACUGACCCUAGGUGCCCUAAACCAACGACUCCUGAGCCACCUCGUUGCUUCCCUGGAUCUACCGACCCUAGAUGCCCUAAGCCAACAACGCCUGAGCCACCUCGUUGCUACCCUGGAUCUACUGACCCUAGGUGCCCUAAGCCCACAACACCUGAGCCACCUCGUUGCUUCCCAGGUUCGACUGAUCCAAGGUGCCCUAAACCAACGACUCCGAAACCAGUUUGUUAUCCAGGUUCACCCGACCCCAAUUGUCCACAGCCAACACGUCCCACGACAUUAAGUCCUCCGACGUAUUUACCACCACAGCCUACUACACCAGGAACAUCACCCGCUCCCAGGUGUUACCCUGGAUCCAACGAUCCUAGAUGUCCCAAGCCUACAACACCUGAGCCUCCUCGAUGCUUCCCUGGAUCUACUGACCCAAGGUGCCCCAAGCCUACUACUCCUGAGCCUCCUCGUUGUUUCCCGGGUUCCAGUGACCCUAGAUGUCCCAAGCCUACAACUCCUGAGCCUCCUCGAUGCUUCCCUGGAUCUACUGACCCAAGGUGCCCCAAACCCACAACUCCUGAGCCACCGCGUUGCUUCCCAGGUUCAACUGACCCCCGUUGCCCCAAACCAACGACCCCUGAGCCACCUCGUUGCUUCCCAGGUUCAACUGACUCUCGUUGCCCCAAACCAACAACUCCUGAACCACCGCGUUGCUUCCCAGGUUCCAGUGACCCUAGAUGCCCCAAACCAACAUCUCCGAAACCAGUUUGUUAUCCAGGUUCACCCGACCCCAAUUGUCCACAGCCAACACGUCCCACGACAUUAAGUCCUCCGACGUAUUUACCACCACAGCCUACUACACCUGGAACAUCACCCGCUCCCAGAUGUUACCCUGGAUCCAACGAUCCUAGAUGUCCCAAACCCACGACUCCUGAGCCUCCUCGAUGCUUCCCUGGAUCUACUGACCCAAGGUGCCCCAAGCCUACAACGCCUGAGCCACCUCGUUGUUUCCCGGGUUCCAGUGACCCUAGAUGCCCCAAGCCCACAACACCUGAGCCACCUCGUUGCUUCCCUGGAUCUACUGAUCCCAGAUGCCCCAAGCCUACAACUCCUGAGCCUCCUCGUUGCUAUCCCGGCUCAACUGACCCUAGGUGCCCCAAGCCAACGACCCCAGAGCCACCUCGUUGCUUCCCAGGUUCCAGUGACCCUAGGUGCCCCAAACCCACGACUCCUGAACCACCUCGUUGCUUCCCGGGGUCUAAUGACCCUAGAUGUCCCAAGCCAACCACCCCAGAGCCACCUCGAUGCUAUCCCGGCUCAACUGACCCUAGGUGCCCUAAGCCUACUACUCCUGAAGCUCCUCGUUGCUUCCCUGGAUCUACCGACUCUAGGUGCCCCAAGCCAACAACUCCAGAGCCACCUCGCUGCUUCCCAGGAAGCACUGACCCCCGUUGCCCUAAACCAACAACGCCUGCACCUCCUAACUGUUACCCAGGCAACACUGAUCCAAGAUGCCCGAGACCAACAACUCCAAAACCUGUUUGCUAUCCAGGCUCCCCUGACCCCAAAUGCCCACAGCCACCGCGUCCUACAACAUUGAAUCCACCUACAUAUUUGCCGCCAGAGCCUACUACGCCAGCAACACCACCAGCUCCUAAAUGUUACCCUGGGUCUAACGACCCUAGAUGUCCCAAACCAACGACACCUGCUCCUCCUAACUGCUAUCCUGGAAACACAGACCCGCGUUGCCCUAAACCCACAACUCCUGCACCUCCUAGAUGCUUCCCCGGCAGUACAGACCCGCGUUGCCCUAAGCCGACCACUCCUGCAGCACCAAAUUGUUAUCCUGGAAACACAGACCCACGUUGUCCUAAACCAACUACACCUGCUCCACCAAGGUGUUUCCCUGGCAGCACAGAUCCAAGAUGUCCGAAACCAACAACACCCGAGGGUCCACGUUGCUUCCCUGGAUCAACUGAUCCGCGAUGCCCACAACCAACUACUCCAGCUCCUCCUAAUUGUUAUCCCGGUAGCACAGACCCUCGUUGCCCUAAACCAACAACCCCUGCACCACCUAGGUGUUUCCCAGGCAGCACAGAUCCACGUUGUCCUAAGCCAACCACACCAGCACCACCAAACUGCUAUCCUGGUAGUCAAGACCCUCGCUGUCCGAAGCCAACUACGCCUUCAGCACCAAAUUGUUAUCCCGGUAGCACAGACCCUCGUUGCCCUAAACCAACAACACCUGCGCCACCAAGGUGCUUCCCAGGCAGCACAGAUCCUCGUUGCCCAAAACCGACCACGCCUUCAGCACCAAAUUGUUAUCCUGGAAGCACAGACCCGCGUUGUCCAAAGCCAACAACGCCUGCUCCACCAAGGUGCUUCCCAGGCAGCACAGAUCCCAGGUGCCCAAAACCAACAACACCUGCUCCUCCCAAUUGUUUCCCUGGAUCCACCGAUCCGAGAUGCCCGAAACCAACAUCACCUAAACCAGUAUGUUAUCCAGGUUCUCCUGAUCCUAAAUGCCCACAGCCUCCUCGCCCUACAACAUUGAAUCCUCCAACAUAUUUACCACCAGGCCCGACCACGCCGGCAACACCACCGGCUCCUAAAUGCUAUCCCGGUUCUAAUGACCCUAGAUGCCCUCAACCAACAACACCCGCGCCUCCGAGGUGUUUCCCAGGCAGUACAGAUCCUCGUUGCCCUAAGCCAACCACACCGGCACCACCAAACUGCUAUCCUGGCAACACCGACCCUAGGUGUCCAAAACCCACCACACCUGCGCCACCAAACUGUUACCCUGGCAACAAUGAUCCUAGAUGUCCGAGACCAACAACCCCAGCGCCGCCAAGGUGCUUCCCAGGAAGUACAGACCCGCGUUGUCCAAAACCAACAACACCUGCGCCUCCCAACUGUUUCCCUGGAUCCACUGAUUCAAGAUGCCCACAACCGACUACACCAGCACCACCUAGAUGCUUCCCGGGCAGCACAGACCCUCGUUGUCCUAAGCCAACCACGCCAGCACAACCAAACUGCUAUCCCGGUAGUCAAGAUCCUAGGUGCCCAAAACCGACCACACCGGCACCACCAAAUUGCUAUCCUGGAAACACCGAUCCUAGGUGUCCGAAACUAACAACCCCAGCGCCACCAAGGUGCUUCCCAGGUAGCACAGACCCUCGUUGUCCUAAGCCAACCACGCCAGCACAACCGAACUGUUACCCAGGAAACACAGAUCCGAGAUGCCCGAGACCAACCUCUCCCAAACCCGUUUGCUAUCCAGGCUCACCUGAUCCUAAGUGUCCACAGCCUACUCGCCCAACAACUUUGAGUCCUCCUACUUAUUUGCCACCAGUGCCUACUACACCAUCAAUUCCACCAACGCCUAAGUGUUACCCUGGUUCCAAUGAUCCAAGGUGUCCCAAACCAACCACCCCUGCACCUCCUAACUGUUAUCCCGGUAGCAACGACCCUCGUUGCCCUAAACCAACAACACCCGCACCUCCAAGGUGCUUCCCAGGCAGCACAGAUCCUCGUUGCCCUAAGCCAACUACGCCGGCACCACCGAACUGCUAUCCUGGCAACACCGACCCUAGGUGCCCUAAGCCAACCACACCCGCUCCACCAAACUGCUAUCCUGGCAACACCGACCCUCGUUGCCCUAAGCCAACCACACCGGCACCACCAAACUGCUAUCCUGGCAACACUGAUCCUAGGUGUCGAAAACCCACCACACCGGCACCACCAAACUGCUAUCCUGGCAACACCGAUCCUAGGUGUCCAAAACCCACCACACCUGCGCCUCCUAACUGUUACCCUGGCAACAAUGAUCCUAGAUGUCCGAGACCAACAACCCCAGCGCCACCAAGGUGCUUCCCAGGAAGUACAGAUCCAAGAUGCCCGAAACCAACAACUCCAAAACCUGUUUGCUAUCCAGGCUCCCCUGACCCUAAAUGCCCACAGCCACCGCGUCCUACAACUUUGAAUCCUCCCACAUACUUACCACCUGAGCCUACUACAUCACCAGCACCAAAAUGUUACCCCGGUUCUAAUGACCCUAGAUGUCCAAAGCCAACCACACCUGCACCUCCUCGUUGUUUCCCUGGAUCGACUGAUCCGAGAUGCCCUAAGCCUACCACUCCGGCUCCACCAAACUGCUAUCCGGGUAACACGGAUCCAAGAUGUCCGAGACCAACGACGCCUGCCCCUCCCAACUGUUAUCCCGGUAGCACAGACUCUCGUUGUCCAAAGCCAACAACACCUGCGCCUCCUCGGUGUUUCCCUGGAUCAACAGAUCCGAGAUGCCCUAAACCUACCACACCAGCUCCCCCUAACUGUUACCCCGGUAGUACAGACCCACGUUGUCCCAAACCAACGACACCAGCACCACCAAACUGCUACCCUGGCAACACCGAUCCUCGGUGCCCAAAACCGACCACACCUGCGCCUCCUAACUGUUACCCUGGCAACACCGACCCUAGGUGCCCAAGACCGACCACACCGGCACCACCAAACUGCUAUCCUGGCAACACCGAUCCACGUUGUCCAAAGCCAACCACACCUGCGCCUCCUCGGUGUUUCCCUGGAUCAACAGAUCCAAGAUGCCCUAAACCUACCACACCAGCUCCCCCUAACUGUUACCCCGGUAGUACAGACCCACGUUGUCCCAAACCAACGACACCAGCGCCACCAAACUGCUAUCCUGGCAACACUGAUCCUAGGUGUCCAAGACCUACAACCCCUGCGCCACCAAGGUGCUUCCCAGGUAGCACAGAUCCCCGUUGUCCUAAACCAACGACGCCAACCCCAACAAAGCCCGUGUGCUAUCCUGGUUCACCGGAUCCAAAAUGCCCACAGCCACCGCGUCCUACAACAUUGAAUCCUCCAACUUACUUGCCACCAGAGCCUACUACAGUUCCAACACCGCCAGCACCUAAAUGUUACCCUGGAUCUAAUGAUCCCAGAUGUCCAAAACCAACAACUCCAGCGCCUCCUCGAUGCUUCCCUGGAUCAACAGACCCUCGUUGUCCGAAGCCAACCACACCUGCUCCACCAAACUGUUACCCUGGUAACACAGACCCACGUUGUCCUAGACCAACUACACCUGAGCCACCAAGGUGUUUCCCAGGCAGCACUGACCCCCGUUGUCCGAAGCCAACCACGCCUGCACCACCAAACUGUUACCCCGGUAGCACAGACCCACGUUGUCCCAAACCAACAACUCCUGCGCCGCCAAGGUGCUUCCUAGGAAGCACAGAUCCUAGGUGCCCGAAACCAACUACACCCGCUCCACCAAACUGUUAUCCUGGUAACACAGACCCACGUUGUCCUAGACCAACUACACCUGAGCCACCAAGGUGUUUCCCAGGCAGCACUGACCCUCGUUGUCCGAAGCCAACCAUACCUGCUCCACCAAACUGUUACCCAGGGUCUACUGAUCCGAGAUGUCCUAAACCAACCACACCAGCUCCACCUAACUGUUACCCCGGUAGCACAGACCCACGUUGUCCCAAACCAACAACACCUGCACCUCCAAGGUGCUUCCCUGGCAGUACAGAUCCUAGGUGUCCCAAACCGACCACUCCUGCGCCUCCCAACUGUUACCCCGGCAACAAUGAUCCUAGAUGUCCAAGACCAACACCUCCAAAACCUGUUUGCUAUCCAGGCUCCCCUGACCCCAACUGCCCACAGCCUCCACGGCCUACAACACUAAAUCCUCCCACUUAUUUACCACCGGAGCCCACAACAGCGGUGACACCAUCACCAGCACCCAAGUGUUAUCCUGGCUCCAGUGAUCCAAGAUGUCCUAAACCUACUACACCUGCACCACCAAGAUGUUUCCCAGGAAGCACAGACCCUAGAUGCCCGAAACCCACCACUCCUGAGCCUCCUCGGUGCUUCCCUGGCUCUAAUGACCCCAGGUGUCCCAAACCCACAACACCUGAGCCACCUCGUUGCUUCCCGGGUUCCAGUGACCCUAGAUGUCCCAAACCCACAACACCUGAGCCACCUCGUUGCUUCCCAGGAUCCAGUGACCCCAGGUGUCCCAAACCAACAACUCCCGAGCCACCCCGUUGUUUCCCGGGCUCCAGUGACCCUAGAUGCCCGAAGCCCACAACACCUGAGCCACCUCGUUGCUUCCCAGGUUCCAGUGACCCUAGAUGCCCCAAGCCCACAACACCUGAGCCACCUCGUUGCUUCCCUGGUUCCAGUGACCCUAGAUGUCCCAAGCCCACAACACCUGAGCCACCUCGUUGCUUUCCAGGUUCCAGUGACCCUAGAUGUCCCAAGCCCACAACACCUGAGCCUCCUCGUUGCUUCCCGGGUUCCAGUGACCCUAGAUGUCCCAAGCCCACAACACCUGAGCCACCUCGUUGCUUCCCUGGUUCCAGUGACCCCAGGUGUCCCAAACCCACUACUCCCGAGCCACCCCGUUGUUUCCCUGGAUCAACAGAUUCUAGAUGCCCCAGGCCAACGACUCCUAAACCAGUUUGCUACCCAGGUUCGCCCGAUCCUAAGUGUCCUCAACCCCCACGGCCAACCACAUUAAAUCCUCCCACAUAUUUGCCACCGACAACUCAAACUCUUAAAUGUUACCCGGGUUCUAAUGACCCCAGAUGCCCGAAACCAACUACUCCCGAGCCACCACGUUGCUUCCCUGGAUCGACUGAUCCUAGAUGUCCCAGACCAACAACACCUGAGCCUCCUAGGUGCUUCCCAGGCUCCAGUGACCCUAGGUGCCCCAAACCCACCACCCCUGAGCCUCCUCGGUGCUUCCCAGGAUCCAGCGACCCUAGGUGCCCCAAACCCACCACCCCUGAGCCUCCUCGGUGCUUCCCAGGCUCCAGCGACCCUAGGUGCCCCAAACCCACCACCCCUGAGCCUCCUCGUUGCUUCCCAGGCUCCAGCGACCCAAGGUGCCCCAAACCCACCACUCCUGAGCCUCCUCGGUGCUUCCCAGGCUCCAGCGACCCUAGGUGCCCCAAACCCACCACUCCUGAGCCUCCUCGGUGCUUCCCAGGCUCCAGCGACCCAAGGUGCCCCAAACCCACCACUCCUGAGCCUCCUCGGUGCUUCCCCGGCUCCAGUGACCCUCGGUGCCCCAAACCCACCACUCCUGAGCCUCCUCGGUGCUUCCCAGGCUCCAGCGACCCAAGGUGCCCCAAACCCACCACUCCUGAGCCUCCUCGGUGCUUCCCCGGCUCUAAUGAUCCAAGAUGCCCGAAGGCUACAACACCUGAACAGCCACGAUGCUAUCCCGGAUCCAACGAUCCCAGAUGUCCCAAACCUACGACUCCCGAACCACCUCGGUGCUUCCCCGGAUCAAACGAUCCUAGAUGCCCGAAACCUACUAGUCCUAAACCAGUUUGCUACCCCGGUUCUCCUGAUCCCAAGUGUCCUCAACCACCACGACCUACCACGUUAAAUCCUCCCACAUAUUUGCCACCUACGACACAAACGCUUAAAUGUUACCCAGGCUCUAAUGACCCUCGAUGCCCCAAACCUACGACUCCCGAACCACCUCGGUGCUUCCCUGGUUCCAACGAUCCAAGGUGCCCCAAGCCAACCACGCCAGAACCACCUCGAUGCUUCCCUGGAUCGAAUGACCCUAGAUGCCCUAAGCCUACAACACCUGAGCAACCUAGAUGCUACCCAGGUUCCAGUGACCCUAGGUGCCCUAAGCCCACAACUCCCGAGCCACCUCGAUGCUUCCCUGGAUCGAAUGACCCUAGAUGCCCUAAGCCUACAACACCUGAGCAACCUAGAUGCUACCCUGGUUCAAACGACCCUAGGUGCCCCAAACCUACGACUCCCGAACCACCUCGGUGCUUCCCUGGAUCGAAUGACCCUAGAUGCCCUAAGCCUACAACACCUGAGCAACCUAGAUGCUACCCUGGUUCAAACGAUCCUAGGUGCCCCAAACCUACGACUCCCGAACCACCUCGGUGCUUCCCUGGAUCGAAUGACCCUAGAUGCCCUAAGCCUACAACACCUGAGCAACCUAGAUGCUACCCAGGUUCCAGUGACCCUAGAUGCCCUAAACCUACAACGCCCGAGCAACCUCGAUGCUAUCCCGGUUCUAAUGACCCUAGGUGCCCCAAGCCUACACAACCACCAACUCCAAGCUCUUGUUACCCUGGAUCUAGGGAUCCCAAGUGCCCUCAACCAUUUGCUCCCAGUAGUACAAACCCGCCUUCGACAUAUUUGCCCCCAUUCCCAGAGCAAAAUGAAGUCAAUGGACCAAGGGUCAGCAGAUUAGUCAAGGAUAAGGACUUGGAAGAUGACAAGUCCUACGCAGAUACUCAAUCAGAAAUAGAUUCCUUUGAAUCCUCUCGAACCCAACCCAGGUCGAGAAAGGUGCGUGAUGUAAGCGGUGCCAGUGAGACAAUAGCAUUCGUUACCAGUGGAAAUGCCAUCGUCUACGUUGCCAUUGGCUCAGCCACAGUUAUGCUAAUGUCUAUCACACUUGCCAUUUAUUUGUACAAAAAUAACAAAACACACAAGUCAAAAACUGUAUCACAAACUAAAACGAACCCCUGUUAAUAUGUAAAUAACUUUAAUGUGUUAAACUUAAAUAUUGUGAUAUUAUAAUUCUUAAUGUUACUACUUGACGCAUUCGAAAUUGCAAUUUUUACGAUAUAUUUUUAUAAUGGCUGCGAGACAUGGAUUGAUUGAUGUUUAAAGUAACUUACACUGCCUUUUAAGCUUUAUCUCUUAAGAUAUUAUUUCAGGCGCUUAAUAAGCUUGCCUAUUUUAUCACUAUAUAAAAUAGUGCCAUAAUAUAAAUAUGUAAUAUAGUAUCGUGUCUUCUUCGAUGCAUCCUCACAAUUUAUAAAUGUAUAUUUUAUCCCUAGUCAAUAUUGUUUAUGUAUGACUUAUGUAUAAUAUGUUCUGAAUUCAUGAUGUAUAAAAUCUAAAAUUUACUCAUUGUUUGAAUAUACUCAUUUGUGAUAUUUUUGUGUAAAUACAUAAUAUAUUUACCAGUACGCUGAUGUGGCCAUUGAACGUAUAGUGUACGUAUUUUGUUAAUUAUAUAAGAUUGUUAGCCUUAGGUACUCUCUCGGUAAAACGAAUAACUUCAUAAAUUAGAAAGUUUCAGAAAUAUAUUAAAUGUUCUGAUGCAGACAGUACCUAACGCCAUGGAAUCUUAUUUUCAAUGAUUUUGUAAUGUUAGUACCUAAGAUUGCUUGUCGAGUCAAUCUAAGUAAAACAUUCUAUGAAUGUCAA